UCCCGCGCGGCCCGGGCGGAAGGAGCGGUCCCACGGCCCCACGCGGCCUCACCCGCCGCUUCCGCCCGGCUUCCGCCGCCGCCGCCGGGCGCUGCCUCGCCGCGGUGCUGCGCGCUCGGAGCCCGCGGAGGGGAAGCAACCAUGAAGUCGGCAUCAGAAGAGCCAGUCCCAUUACAUGAAGAAUUUAUCUACUGUUGUGGAGCUGCUACCCAUGUCUUAAAAUGUGGGCCCUGGAAGGACCUCUCAAAAGAUGAAAGUCAAAAUCUGCCCAGGCUCUUAUUCAUGAUUAUUCCUGGUAACCCUGGACUGGCAGGUUAUUACAGGACCUUUAUACAGGCUUUGUAUUGUGGACUAAAUCAGCAAUAUCCCGUUUGGGUGGUGAGCCAUGCUGGACAUUGUAAGCCUCCUAAUGGAAUGGAAAUGAUUGAAGACACAGAUAUUAAGGAGCUAGAGGAUGUUUUUGGACUAAAUGGACAAGUAGAGCAUAAGCUGAACUUCCUCAAGAAGAAUGUAUCAAAAGAUAUAAAGCUGGUGCUGAUUGCUCAUUCUAUUGGUUGCUAUAUCACACUGGAGAUGAUGAAGCGAGCGUCAGAACUUCAGGUUCUUCGCUCUGUGCUGCUGUUUCCGACGAUAGAACGUAUGGCUCAGUCCCCUCAAGGAAAGCUCAUGACCCCUCUGCUGUGCAAACUUCGUUACAUUCUGUACAUGCCCGUCUACCUGCUGUCCUUUCUACCAGAGGGAGUCAAAGCCUCCUUGGUGCGCUUUGCUCUGCGAGGAAUGAAGACCUGCGAUGAAUCUUCCAUAACAACCUCUGUGAAUCUCUUCAGCGUGGACUGCAUUGCCAACAUCUUGUAUAUGGCAAGCCAAGAAAUGAUUAAGGUUGUGGAAAGAGACAGUACGACCAUAAAGCAAAAUUUGAAGAAGCUGAUUUUUUACUAUGGAACUGGAGACAGCUGGUGUCCACAGCACUACUAUGAUGAGAUCAAAAUGGAUUUUCCAGACGGGGAUAUUCGACUUUGUGAGAAAGGGCUCCGCCAUGCCUUUGUGCUAGAUGCCAGCAAGGAGAUGGCUGCCAUGAUAACAGACUGGUUACGGGACGAUCUGACCAAAUUAUAAACAUGGAUUCAGUGAUUAACAACAAAACAAUGUAAUUAUUUUGUGAACGUGUAAUUUUUUUGUGAGAGAGUCUGUCCUAUUUUUUUUCUGUUUAUUAUAGAUUAUGGUUUGUUUUCUAUUAAGAUGUUUUAGAGAAAGUUUAAAGAGAGAACUGUCUGGUCCAAAGUAUAGUUUUAUUGAUUCGAUGGCGAUGCACUUUCAUCCUCUUUCUUCAGGACUCUGCAGGACUUGGCAAAGGGUUGAAUAUUUAUUGUCUGCUAGCACUCUAGACAACACUAGUAUUAGAUUCACUGGUUACAAGUGUACCAGAGUUACUACCACCUCGCUCACCUGCUGAAGAGCUGCCAGGGAUGGGUUUGGUGCAGGCUAGCUGGUCUGCUUUAAAAAGAAGUAGCAGGCUAGUCUGUAUGGAUAAAAAUCCCUGUUGAUGGAUCGCAGCAGUGGAUCCUGGUGUGCUGUGAAAGCCCUGACCCUCUCCGCAUGUCUCAUCUGUCCAUGUAAACUUGGUGUGUGACAGCCAGAAGACCCCAAAGGACUUUACAGCCCUAAUGUUGUCUCAUCCAGGCCAGAUGGGGUUGGUGGUUGAUCAGAGGUCAGGCUGAGUUCAGAAAGAGUACAAGGGAGAUGUGUAGAUGAGGUGUGCAGUUUGUCCAAGUCUUGGAAGGGGUUUAGGGCUCUGCCAGGACUCCACAGGGUAUUAAUAAUACUAUAAGGUAGCCGUGGCUGCUCAGCAAGGGAAUAUAUACAGAGCUCUUGUCUGGAACGUAGCCAAGUGUUUCAUUUUUCAGUUGUCUAUAGAGAAGAUAAAGGAUGCUGGUUGAAAGUGCCAGUAUUAUAAGGUUAAAAUGUAUUGCAGAAUCCAUAUAUAAUUACCUUUAGGUGGCCUAGCUCUCCUAAUGAAGUCGAUUAGAACGGUGCUUGCUCAGCAGCUUUGAAGAAUUAAACCAGUUUUGAUGCAUGCCUGAUGAAUUUCAGUUCUUUGCUCUGAGUACUAAAGUAUGAAAUUUAUGGCAAACCACAGAUUAGGUAAGUCCACCAUGAGAAAAUGGCUAUUCCUGUGCUAUGGUUGCACCCAUGAAAUCUCAUGGAAUGUUACUAUUGAGGAACAGGUCCUUGCUCUAGCACAUUGCUGACAAGUACACUGUUCCUCACGUUGUUGAUCCCCCUCCUUUACAGAUACACCAAAAAAAACCAAAACAGACAAAAGAAACAUUGAAGAAGUUGCAUGCAAUAGCAAGAAAUGGAAUUAAUGUAAGUAAGGGGAGCAGAGCCAAGUGUAAUCAGGAAAAGCUUUCUAGCCAUGAACCUGUGAAAUAGUCUCCCUGGGGAGUUCAUAAAGACAUUUAUAAAUAAAGAAAACGCUACAGCCUGUAGUCAGGGGAAGUCCUGCCCUUGCAAACAUGAAUUUAGAUGAUGGAUUGGGUAUCUAACUUAGAUGAUUUGUUAACAGUUUUAAUGUGGUACUAGAGGGGAUGGUACUGGUGAACGUUCUCUGUGAUGCAGAAAGACUGAUUAAUUCCUUACUUCUCUUACACGAUUAUGUACACACGUUCCACUUAUCUCUAAAUCCCCCGUAAGUCUUUCACUGAUACUUAGAGCAGUUUGUAAUAGAAUUCAAUUUCUGGGUAUUUCAGACGAGUUUUCAAACCUGCAGCCAGCCAGUGGAUUUAAGUGACCUUCUUUGCAUCAGAAACUGGUUUAGCUUUUGAGACUAGCCAGUGGAUUUUCAGAUUACACUGCCACGUAAUGAAACGGAUCCUGAAGCUUGAGACAGAAAUGUUGAGACUGCAGUCACAGGAGCAGGGGAAGAGCCAGACGCAUUCAAAGUGAAGGGACUGAAACUGUGCAACAAACUGGUUCUGCUUAUUGGAGAGUCAUGGGACUUUCCUUCUUUCUAGAGGGCCAUAUUCAGUCAUGAUCAAACCAAUUCUUGUGCUCGCUUUGGAAAUCCAUAGUUGUGUGUGUCUGUGUGCGUUUAAGCAGUCCCCAGGUGUUGGCAUGGGUUCCUGCCAGCUGGCCUUACGGCAGAUGUGCAAUGCAUCUUGUUGGCCUUGGUGCUCGCUGGGGCAGAGUGAGGGAGGAGGGCGCGUUCACAUACGCGGAGAUACAGGUAUGUAUGUAUAGACAUGUGCACGUUUGUAUGUUAGCAACAUCAAAAAUACAGUUCAUUUGGUUGUUUCGGUUUACGCAUUGAUCUGAUUGAAUGAAGCAUUUGUUCUUUGAAAUAAAAGGAAUCAGGUAAUCAAGCAAGGAGUCGAUUUGUAAAAGUUCAGCUGUUGUAGUAGGUCUCCUGCGGACUGAAAAAAUCAUGCAUUAACCAAAGAUGACAAGCAACUAUUAAAGCUUGGAAACUGAAAAGCACUUAUGAGAAGCAGUUGUUUACAGUGCAUUAUUCGUAUACUUUGUAUGAGGAAUUAAUUUAGCAAUACUUGUACUUGACUUGUGUAUUCCUUUUAUACAAAUGUUAAUCCGUUAUAAUAAAUCCUACUGACUGCAUUAAGACCUAAACUGAGAUUGAGUCUGGUCAGUGAUGACCAGAUCUACUGCAGGAUAAUGCCUUACGAUUUUUCUUAAAAGAAUUUUCUCUAAGUUUAUCAAAACAAUAGUGAUUCAAUUGCUACUUUCCUCCUAGAAGCUCUUACCGUAAGGCUACAAUCUGAAAAUUUGCUACUCUACUCAUUGCAAAAAAAGCACGGAUAUUUCACAGUUGUAUUUCCUAGGAGGAGACAGUCACACACAAUGAGAAUCCAGCUCCUCUGAAGCCCGUGGUGUUCAGCAAGGGAGUGUCAGAAGUGCUUAUGGUCCAAAUGUGCCAACUUACCCUGAAAACACAGUGUGGUCUUGCCUAUUUUAGACUGUUUUAGAACUCUUGGGAAACCUAUCACAAAUGACUUGACCGUAUGCGGUAGCAUCUAAUCUCUGUCAUUUGCAUUUGUGCUUCAUUCUCACCACGCACUCCCGCUAGCUUCAAUGACUUAGACUCAUGUUCAAGUGUUUUGCUAGAUCAAUACCUUUUAUGAAAAUGUACACAACUCCAAUAACAAAAAUAAAGACAUUUAUCGUAAAGUGCAACUUGAUUCUUUGAUAA